AUGCCUAUGGCACCACCAAUGAUGCCAAUGACUCCAUCAAUGAGCCCAAUGGGCCCAUCACCUAUGCCUAUGGGCCCAACCCCAAGCCCAUUAUCAGUUCCCGACAUGGCUUCACCACCGAUGCCACCAUCAAUGGCAUCUGGUCCUUCCCCGGGAGCAAUGCCACCAGCGAUGGCCUCGCCUGAUUCCGGAGCUUUCAAUGUUAAAAACGACGUCGUUGCAUUUUCGUGCAUCGUUGGAGUUGUUGCAGGUCAAUUUCUCCUUGUUUGA